CAAUGAACCGUAGUUAGUGAGACGCACAAACGAAAAAAUAAGUAACGUCAACGGUCAACCACUCAACAAAGAACAUAAAAAAAAAUUAUUUUAUUAUUAUUUUUCAAACAUUUGGAAACGCCUUUUCUCUUAUUUCUUUCGCCGAGGGAGGAAGCAUAACCGUCGUAACAACCAUCAUGGAGAAGAACCUUGACGAAAAUUCCGAUAGUGGCAACACGCAUAAUUUUUCAAUUCAUGAAGCCACAGAUGCAGCGGAGCCACAGGAGGAGAAGAAAGAAGAGGCUACGGCGUUGCCUCCAGCAGGGAACCUCGAGAACGUUUCCGGAGACAUUGAUCAAUUUCUUGUAACUAUGCAACAGAGAAACGAUGGUAGAAACAAAGAGAAUAUUGAGAUUCCUCACUUUGUGGAGAAAUACUUGGAUCUCGUGGAAGAGAAGAUAUUGAAGUAUGACGUAGGGGAAGGCAAAGCGAAAUGGGGAGAGGUGGAGGAGGAAGAUUUGUGGUUGUUGACAACCGCGGAUCGGAUUUCGAAGCUGAUGACAUUGCUGAACGAUGAACCGGAGAAAGAGAUCAACGAUGUAAGACGCUCGCUGGUGAACCGCGUUAACCUGAUUCACCAGCGCCUCAUGUCGUAUCUGGAGGAGGACUUCCGAAUCAUAAUGGAAGAAUCUAGAAUCCCAACCGAAUUGGAUCCCGGAGGGAACAGUAAUAACAACCAGAACAACUUCGAUUACAAAGGGAAACAACGAGAGCAAGAUCGAGAAAUCGAAGACGACGCCAAUUUCCCGGGUUACUCGGAGGAGGCCAUUGCCAGCCUGAGAAAGAUCGCCAGAGAGAUGUUAUCCGGCGGCUACGAAUCCGAGUGCUGCCAGGUCUACAUUAUCUCGCGGAGGAACGCGUUCGAGGAGAUUCUCCAGAAGCUAGGGUUAGAGAGGAUCAGCAUCGAUGAAAUGGUUCAGAAGGUGCAAUGGGAGACUCUAGCCAGGGACAUGAUCCCCGCCUGGAUCAAUACUCUCAGACAAUGCUCGGCGGUAUACUUUCCCGGCGAGCGCAAGCUCUCCGAUGAAAUAUUCGCCGAGCAUUCAUCCGUCGCGGCGGGGCUCUUUAGCAGCCUCAACCGCUGCGUGGUGAUCCAGCUUCUCAACUUCGCGGAGGGCGCCGCUAUGACGAAGCGUGCCGGGGAGAAACUCUUUAAGCUCCUCGACAUGUACGAGAGCCUCCGGGACGUGAUCCCGAAUAUAGUCGGGUUGUUCCCGGAGGAAUAUGUCGAGGAGCUGAAGACGGAGAUGGAACUCGCCAAGUUGCGACUUGGCGAGGCCGCCAUCUUCAUCUUCUGCGACCUGGAGAACCAGAUUAAGUCGGAGACCGCGAGAACCGCGGUCCCCGGUGGGGCGGUGCACCCGCUGACGCGCUACAUCAUGAACUACCUGACCAUAGCGGGGGACUACAAGGACACGUUGGAGCAAGUGUUUAUGGAGCAUUGGCAGGCGGAGCGCGGGGACUCGAGCAGGAGGCAGCAGCAGCAGCAGCAGCAGAAGAAGAAGGAAAACGACGGCGGUUCGGAGAAGGAAGCGGCGUCGCCGUUCGCGGUGCAGGCGAUGAGGGUGAUGGACCUGCUGGACGCGAGCCUGGAGGGGAAGGCGCGGUUGUACAAAGAGGUGGCGCUGAGGAACUUCUUCAUGAUGAACAACGGGAGGUACAUGCUGCAGAAGAUAAAGGGGUCGAGCGAGAUGAGCCAGGUGAUGGGGGACACGUGGUGCAGGAAGAAGUCUUCGGAGCUGAGGAACUACCACAAGACAUACCAGAGGGAAACGUGGAACAGGGUGCUGGCGUGUCUGAACCAAGAGGGGUUGAGCGUGAACGGGAAGGUGCACAAGCCGGUGCUGAAGGAGAGGUUCAAGAGCUUCAACUCGCUGUUCGACGAGAUCCACAAGACGCAGAGCACGUGGGUGGUGAAGGACGAGCAGCUUCAGUCGGAGCUUAGGGUUUCGAUUUCCUCGGUGGUGAUUCCGGCGUACAGGUCCUUCGUGGGGAGGUUCGCGCAGAUUUUCGACCCCGGGAGACAGACGGAGAAGUAUAUAAAGUACCAAGCUGAAGACAUAGAGACUUACAUUGAUGAGUUGUUUGAUGGGAAGCCUCACCAGUCUAUUGGUAGAAGGAGAACAUGAUUCAAUUCCCACCACUCAAGUACAUACUUUAUGUUAUUUUAUAUUACGUGUAUUUUUACUGUGAAGCAAAAAUAAAAUUCCAAAACAGCAAAAGAAGACGACGGAAGAGCACGGUGCUGCAUGCACAGAAUGAGGGGCGUGCAAAUUCACGUAGCUAGCUUGACCUGCAUGUUGAAAUGAAUUGCUUUUGCUUUCAUGAUUGUGUUGUUUUAUUAGAAGAUGAGAGAAGGUUGGUUUUGUGAUUUUUUCUUCUUUUUUUUUGCUUUUGUUUGUACACAGGAUAAAUUAAAUCAAGUUAUCUGUUCAAUUGAGAAUUGACGUCAGUUUGAAAGCUUUACUGUCAUAAGUUUUUGUUUUUUAA